AUGUCGUCAUCAUCGCAAUCAUCCUCACCUUUACCUGUACAUAACUGUACCGCUCCUUUAUUGGACUCUGAUCUUCAGGAAAAGCUGCUGCUUCUUCAUGCCACUGAGGGGAAAACGUAUGUGCCACCUGGAGAAGCAGGAAAACUCUGUUCAAUGAUUCGGACGUAUAAAAAGGAUUAUCAUAGAACUGCAAAAGCCAUCCAAGAUGGAAAACACUUUACUGAUCUAAGCAAAGAAUCUGGCGGUCUAGAACACCAGUUAAACAGUAAAAACAUUGACACUUUGAUGCAGAAGUUAAGUGAAAACGAAACCCGAAAUACUACUCUAGAAAAGAAAAUAGCAGAGUGGAAACUUCAAGUUGGUGAAUACAAGCACCAGAUGUUAGCCUUAAGGGAAACAAGUGAGCAAAAGAAGACUGCUCUGAAAAAAGCAAUCAGGUCCCAGAAACGAAGAGCUGAACGCUUUGAAGCAGCUGUGGAAAAUUUAACCUCCAGAAUAAGAGAACGUGUGAGUGACUAUGCUGAAGUCAAACUGUCUGAGAUACUGUCAGCUUCCGAUGUCUGGAAAAACCAGCAUGAUAGAAUGGUUGAAGGAAAGACAACAUUAGAAAUUCAAACAGAAGAUCUUAAGAAUAUAGAUACUAUUUCACUGGCAGUCUUCACUUACCUUUCUUUAAAAAUCAUUGACAAGAGGAAAGACUUGAUACUAACUCUUAAGUACAACCAGUGUGCCUUGUCGGUACAAAAAUUACAAACAGCAGUAGAAGAAUUGAAAUCCAGAUAUGAAACAGUCUUAAAUGAAAACAAAAGAAUAACAGAAAACAAAUGCUUAGAAGUAGAUAAGCUGAGGGACAAAAUGGAGGCUGAGUUAAAGGACUUAGAACAUGUUUGUGACUUGCUGAAAGCAGCUGAAGAAAAGCAGCAAAGAUAUCAGGAAAAGCUUAUGUCCUGGGAAAGGAUCCAUGCACAGAAAUGCAAAACCCUUAGGGAGCUGCAGGUUCAGGUCUCUUCAACUAGAAAUGAAUUGUCAUUUUCACAAGAGGAAGACAGUGUAACUUCCGUGGGCAGUCACUCCUUAGAAGAAGAAAACCGUAACAUUCAGAAGAAAUAUGAAGAUCUUAAAAGGCAAUUAGAAAAGAUGGAAUUUCAAAAUGAAGAACUUGCUUGUCAGCUCAAAAAAGAAGAUGAGAGUCUUCAGUUCAGUAAAUUGCAGCUUGAGGAGAAAAUUGCAGAAUAUAAUGGAUUAACCAGACAACUGGAUUCUGCUAUGGAAGAAGGGAGAAAAAUGGUAGCCGAAGAACUGGAAAAAAUGUCAUACAAAGAACAAGCCCUUCAGGCAAAAAUGCUAAUUCUUGAAACUGAAGUGAGAGAGAGGCAAGAAGAGAAAAAACAGCUCCUCUGCAUAUUUCACCAUCUAGAGGAGAAAAUUGCAGAAUAUAAUGGAUUAACCAGACAACUGGAUUCUGCUAUGGAAGAAGGGAGAAAAAUGGUAGCCGAAGAACUGGAAAAAAUGUCAUACAAAGAACAAGCCCUUCAGGCAAAAAUGCUAAUUCUUGAAACUGAAGUGAGAGAGAGGCAAGAAGAGAAAAAACAGCUCCUCUGCAUAUUUCACCAUAAUGAAAAGCACCGUGAAGUACGUUUGAAAGAGCUGGAGAACAGCCUACAGAAGUCAGAGAACAAGAACCAGAGCAUCCAGAAUUAUGUGCGGUUUUUGAAAGCUUCAUACAUAACAAUGUUUGGCUGA